ACGUGGGCCGAGCUCCUUGUGGAACAGCUGGUAUCCAUCUGUGGUUGCUCUGGCUGCUGCCGCUGCUUCUUCUUCCUGCUGCUGUAGGCGCUGUGCUGCCCGGGGAGGACCAGACCGGCCCGCUGCAGCCCAUUCAUGAGCCACGCUCCGGAGUCGCACUGAGGAAGAAGACGGCGAGGCUCCUUCAAGCAUGGAUAUCCUGACAGCCUGGGCCGCCACCAACCCGGCCGUGGCCCGGCUCCUCUGGGUCCUGGCCCUGGUUCUGGCCACCUUCCUGGUGUGGCUCUUCUUCUUCUGCUGCUACAGCUGGAACCAGAGCUCCUCGCCCUCGCUGGAGAGAUACCUGGCAGUGAUGGCCAAAGACUCCAAAUCCAAAGCUCCAGCUCAGAGGAAGAAGAAGCCCAAAGAGAAGCCGGUGGUCUGUGUGCAGCCGGAGGAGGUUCUGCUGAAGGAGUGCUCGUCGGCUGGACCGGCGCCAGCAGCAGGUCCGGCGGUGAGGAAGAGGAAGAGGCGACCUCUGAAAGCUGGCGGGGAAACUGUGACUCAGAAGACGAUGGAGGAGGUGAAGCCCAAGCGGAGGCCUCUGGUCCGGGCGGCGUCCGAGGAGAGCUCCAGCGACCUGAGCUCGGUCAGCUGCUCGCCGUCGCUCGGAGACACGCUGCCCUGGAACCUGCCCAAACACCACCGGAUCAAGCGCUCCAAGUCGGCCUCCGGAGACGUCCUGGACCCCGCGGAGAGAGCCGUGAUCCGGAUCGCAGAUGAACGGGACCGAGUUCAGAAGAAGACUUUCACUAAAUGGGUCAACAAGCACCUGAUGAAGGUGAGUUUCAUCUUCAGCUCCGUCUGUCCCUAAACGAACCCACAGCUUGUUUAGUUUAAACCUUAAAACCCCACCUGGUUGUGAUCAGGUUAAACCGAAGCGUCUGAUCCAGCAGAUUAACUGGAAGGAGAACGAUUUAAAAGAAAAUGUAGAAAAAAAAAAACACAUUCUACAAGCUUCCUUGGCUGCAGCGUUUAAGUGAAGCCGUGUGCACGCCGAGGAGGCGCUGAGUCACCGACACCUGGACUCGCUUUAGAACUGGUUCAGGUUUCACAUCUGGGGUCCAGGCUGCCUGGGCGGGCUCUCGAGGCUCUGCAGGGGAACAGGAAGGAGCCAAUGUGGGAUCAGAGGAGUUAAAUAUGUCUGCAACCACCGAUAAAUGUUCUGACCCUCAAAUAACUUCCCAGGUGUACGACACAGAGCUGCAGCUACGCUAACAGUUAUUUUUAGUAAAUAUUAAAGUUCUGCUUUUUGGGGUUUUCUCUUUGUUUUAGGGAGUUCUUGCUUUUUUUAUGCAUGUAAAAGAUCUGCAAACCAACUUAAAGUCCACAUAAAACUGAGUCAUUCUCUCUUUACCUGCCUGAAACACCUCAUUUUAAAGUUCAGGCUUUUCUUUUGUUACUCAUCGACAUCACAGCGUAGCUCAUUUGCAUAAUGCUGCUAAUUUAAACAAAAAGUUUCCUUUCAGUCCGACAUUAUUCUCUUGCUGGAGCUGCUUCUAUUAAAACUCCACCUUGAAACCCAGAGAUCUGGUGUUACCGUAUGUAGACAACAUUUCCUCACGUUCGUCAGCCCAACUGACCAAUCAGAGCCUUUCAGGAAGUGGUUCUUAAAGAGACAGGAGCAACUUAUUGAAUAAGUUCUGACGCAGAACUUUUUACUCAUCAGCUGUUUCUUUUGCUGUUUUUGGUUUUGGCCAGAAAAAUUAGAGCUUUUCUGAAAACUUUUAUCUAUUUUUCUCUCACAGAUG